AUGCCGAGCAGUCCUUCAAAGGGCUCAAAAGGAUCAAAGGCCUCCCCUGAGGCACUCGAAGCCCUCGAAAAGGCCAUCUUUGGACGAGAACGAUAUGAUGACAUGGAUUCGGUAUUCUUCAGGAGGUCAAAAAAUAUGAUCCUAUACGCCCACAAGAUACACCUGUAUGAAGUAUGGAAUCAGUUGCCACCCCUUCAACCACAAGCGGCUGACGAAGCUGGACGCAGUGCCAGUCCAAAGGGCUCCAAGGGCUCUAAAAAAUCAAACUCUCCCAAGUCGAAAUCACCGGGGAAGAGCAAAUCAGGAAGCCCAGUACCCGCUGGAGACGAGCCUCCGAAAGCGGAGCUUGAGAAAGCCAUUCUUAUGGGCGCAGUAGCCGUGCCGAAAGAACUGUCACUUGAUCCGGCUGAAAAAAUUUUUGUCGAGGUCGCGGCAGACUUCACCUACUAUGACUACUCAAAAGUUCCGCCCUUUCCACCGGCGGUGGUUUCAAAACUGCGCCUCUUCCGUGAUUUCUGCCAUAUUUUCCCGCUGGACUUUGAUCGACCCGUGCCCUACACCGUGUUUGAACAAGACAUGAUAAAGAAGGUUCAUCAGGAACUGCCGGCUGGUUGGCAUUGCUAUGCUUUCCAAUUUGACUUGACAAGAUUACCGGACUCGUUGUUCUUCAGCAGACCCUACCAUGUCGAAAACAUCACUGGCCUCUCCUGGACGCUGCGCGCUUUUUCGGCUAAACUUGAUUACUGUCAACCUCUACCGGAAAAUGAAGUCUCAAUGACAUUCUACAAGUAUACAAUCGCCCCGGUAGUGACUCCAUCUGCGGAGAGACCCAUUUGUAGUAUGGAAUAUAAUCGUUUUGCCUGCCUGGAAGACCAGGGGGAUCUGGUGAUUACAGCUCAGCUUGACAGAGAUGUCUACUAUCACGGUGAUACAGUGAAUGUAACCGUAAAUAUUUCAAACGACUCAGCCCGACACGUAGUCUCCGCUAUUACUGUCUGCAUUGAACAGAACUGUAAACUGGUCAACGAAAUUCCGCACACAUUUACUGUUCGCAUCGGUGAGAUCUAUAUUGGUUCCGGUGAGUUUGGUCUGCCCGUAAACCCCAAAAAUAAGGGCUGGUCGAAGGAAUUCAACAUCCGACCCAUGUACGACAGGAGCCUGUACAAUCUCGUUGUGGACGGCAGAAUGAGUCGUGACAACAAGAUAUUCCUGGCAGAAAGCACCGUCAUCAUGCGAGCAGAUAAGGUGAAAAUAGAGCCCCCACCUGAAGAGCCGGCUGGUCGAAAGAGUCCCAAGAGCGGCUCUAAGGGCUCAAAGGACACCUCGAAUAAGAAGGCCUCCAAGGACUCCUCGAAGAAGGGAAGCCCAAAGGAAGCUAAGGGCUCCCCGCAACCUACAGCGCCGCCCGAGGAACCAGAGCCUGUCCAACCCUUGGAAAAGGAAGUCAACGUCCUUGUGGGCUCCCAGGUCUGUCGAAACGCCAUCAUCUCGUACGAGGCAGUAGUGCGGUGUACGAUUCGCACCAUGACUGGCGAAGAAGGCGGAGCGCCAUCGCUAAGAGUGCCUUUUAUACUCUCGCGAAACUCCCGCUACAUUGACAAGCUCAAUGUACAGACACCACCUGUAUUUGCUAUCGCCUCCAUGCACUAG